AUGGACAAAUAUGGAACACGUUAUGGCUGUCUCCUUACCGAUGAGGAGUUCAUUACUAUCAAGCGAGAUGAUACCAGUGGCCGACUUGCAUUAUCCGAGCCUAUUCCGUGGAUGAGUGGUGGUACUGGGAAUAUGUCUGCUGCACUGGCUGUGUGGUAUCUGGGUAUGCUUGCAGCCAAGUUUGACUGGAAACUAGAGGCAUAA